GUCUCUGAAGAGCAGGCUCUGCAGCUCAUCUGUAAGAUCCUGCGUGUCUCCUGGAAGGAGCAGGACAGAGACGUCAUCUUUCUCCCCUCGCUUGCUGCCGAGUUCCACCAGAGCAGCCCCAAAGACGGUACGGCAAAGAUGCAGGAGAUUUUGAUAUGAUGUUCUCCUUGAAUUGUAUAGCUUUUCGCAGGAGAGUCCUAGAUUAGUGGUUUAGGAUUUAGUCAUCUGAAUGCAAUAGCUAUGAAAAAAAAAAAUAAUCCUCUAACCCAAUGUUUCUGUUGAAAUUUGAAGAAAAUAUUUGUAUUACAUUGAAAUGCAAAUCAGUUUGUGCAGUCAGUUUGUUUUCUGUCAUGUAUACUGUUGUAUGUUGCACUGCAAUGACAAGAUUUCAUUUACCUGUCACAAAUGAAGUGUAUGUUUAUGAUUUCUCUUCCCCCUCCCAGUCUACUCUGACUUCAAAGACCUGAUUGGCCAGAUCCUGAUGGAGGUUCUCAUGAUGUCCACCAUGUCGCACGUCCACAACCCCUUCGCCAGCCUGACCGCCACAUCCCAGCCAAUUGCUGCUGCCAAAUCUCCCGACCACCACCUGACGCUGGUCCAGCCCUCUAGUCAGGGCGGCAGUCCCAUGGCCCCCUGUGCAGGCUCGUUUGGGGCCAGCUCUCUGUCCAGG